GAGGGCAAAAUGAUGAAGAGUGACUUAGAGGCACCCUCUUCCCCCGGAGCAGCAAUCAGAUGCAGGGAUGUGUGUCGGUCAUAUGGGAAACUGAAGGUGCUGAGUAACCUCAACUUGACUGUGCCUCAGGGCCAGAUUUAUGGACUAUUGGGACCAAGUGGUUGUGGGAAGACCACACUUUUGAAAUGCAUCGUGGGUACACUGAAGAUCUCUCGCGGGCACAUCACAGUGUUGGGCAAGCCCCCGGCCUUUCCAGGUCACGAGGUUCCAGGAAGAAUGGUGGGCUACAUGCCACAGGACCUGGCGCUGUACAACGAGUUCACCAUCAGUGAUACCAUGUGGUUUUUUGGCCGGAUCCAUGGGCUGUCAUCUAAAGAGACACAGGACAGGAUGAACUUUCUCAUUGAUUUCCUAGACCUGCCGCAAAAAACCAGCCUCGUCCGAAAUCUGAGUGGGGGCCAAAAGCGGAGGGUGUCGCUAGGGGCUGCUCUGCUCCAGAACCCACGCCUGCUGAUUUUAGAUGAGCCCACUGUGGGGGUGGACCCUGUCCUGCGAGCAAAGAUAUGGCAACAUCUGGUAGAUAUAGUGAGAGGUGGCCAAGUGUCUGUUAUUAUCACUACACAUUACAUUGAAGAGGCCAGGCAAGCCAAUAUGGUUGGCCUGAUGAGAAAUGGCAGGCUGUUGGCUGAGGCCCCCCCAGAGGCUGUGAUGAAGCAGCACAAUGCAGCGACUCUGGAAGCUGCGUUCCUGCAGCUGUGUGAGGACUGGGAUCAGGGGACAUCCAAAAAUGGUGGCAGCCCAAAGGGUCAUCUGAUGGAUAGCAGCCCCUCUCCGGACAGGUGGAGAGAUGAGAGCCAAGAGCCCAUACUGCCAAUAGCAAAAAGCUCUCCAGCCACAGAGGAAGUGCCAAAGUACAAAGUGGACUGGAAGGUGAGAGCAAGACAUAUUGUGCCAAAAUGGAGGAAUAUCAUGGCCCUUAUGAUAAAGACAAUGGUGCGGAUGAGGAGAAUGCCUGGGUCACUCUGUUUCCAGUUUCUUUUGCCUGUGAUCCAGAUUUGUCUGAUGUGUCUGUGUAUUGGUGGGGACCCAAAGGGGGUUGAGGUGGCUAUCGUCAACAAUGAGACCAGCCCAACCUCCUACAGCCACUCCCUCCUCUCCUUCCUGGACAACUCCAGCAUCCGUCAGGUCAAUUUGUCUCACGCAGAAGCAUUUACAGGGAUCCACAAUGGAGACUAUUGGGGUGUCGUUGGGUUCGGCCAAAACUUUACCAGCUACCUAACCAAACGAAUGCUACAGCCCAGAGUGUCCAGGGACGUGGUGGAAGGUGGUUCUGUCCAUGUCUGGCUGGACCUGACAAAUCGACAGAUUGCAAUAAUGCUGCAGAAAAAGCUUCAUGAAGCUUUUGAGGCUUUUGUUCAGAACAAAAUGGGAACUCUGUCUUAUAUGGUCUCCCUGCCUAUCAAGUUUGAGGAUCCCAUUUACGGCAGUAAGAACACAGAUUUCACCACGUUUGUGACACCGGGGGCUGUUUUAAGCAUCACAUUCUACCUGGCUGUAGGCCUGACUGCUCUGUCCUUUGUGCUGGAGAGAAAAGAGGGACUGCUGGACAGAUGCUGGGUAGCAGGGGUCAGCUCUCUGGAGACCAUGCUAGCCCAUCUCUUCUCUCAACUGUUUGUCAUCAGUGUUCAAAUCAUCCUCCUACUACUGUUCAUCCUGCUUGUUUUCAAAGUACCUAAUGAAGGCUCUCUAGCACUGGUCAUAUCUCUGAUAGUUCUUCAGGGCAUCACUGGCAUCUCUUUUGGUCUGGUCAUCUCUUCGGCCAUUGACGAUGAGCAGUCUGCCAAUCAGGCUGCCCUUGGCAUCUUCUACCCUAACCUCAUCAUUAGUGGUGUCAUCUGGCCCGUGGAGUGUAUCCCAUACCCACUGCGCUACCUAAGCCUGGUCCUGCCCCAGACCUAUGCCUCAGAGGCCCUCCGCUGCAUCAUGUACAGAGGAUGGGACCUCUCUCGAAUGAUGGUGUGGAGAGGCUUUGCUGUCACUCUGGGAUGGAACACAUUCUUCCUCAUCCUGGCCACGGUCAUCCUCAAACUGAGGACGUGA